GCUGAAGCCUCGCUCUGGUCCCUGCGGCUGGCGGCCGAGCCGUGUGUCUCCUCCUCCGCCGCCGCCAUAUUGUCUGUGUGAAAAGAGGGGAGAGCGGCCGCCGCCGCUGCCGCUUCCACCACAGUAUCCUGUUGAUUGGAUUCAUAAAAUGUGGACUAACUAAACUAUAGUCAAAGGAUGGAGGAAAUGAGACUGUAUUUUUGAGUCAUUACCUGAAUAGAAAGGGCCUAGAGAAAGAAUCCCUUCCUGGCAACCAGGCACACAUUUCCUGUUUGAAGAAAACAGGUCUGAAACAAGGUCUUACCCCCAGCUGCCUCUGAACACGGUGACUUGCCAGAUCUCCAAACAUCAAGUCCAGCUUCGUCCGCCAACCUGUCUGACAUGUCGGGACCCGUGCCAAGCAGGGCCAGAGUUUACACAGAUGUUAAUACACACAGACCCCGAGAAUACUGGGAUUACGAGUCACAUGUGGUGGAAUGGGGAAAUCAAGAUGACUACCAGCUGGUUCGAAAAUUAGGUCGGGGUAAAUACAGUGAAGUAUUUGAAGCCAUCAACAUCACAAAUAAUGAAAAAGUUGUUGUUAAAAUUCUCAAGCCAGUAAAAAAGAAGAAAAUUAAGCGUGAAAUAAAGAUUUUGGAGAAUUUGAGAGGAGGUCCCAACAUCAUCACAUUGGCAGAUAUUGUAAAAGACCCUGUGUCACGAACCCCUGCCUUGGUUUUUGAACACGUAAACAACACAGACUUCAAGCAAUUGUACCAGACGUUAACAGACUAUGAUAUUCGAUUUUACAUGUAUGAAAUUCUGAAGGCCUUGGAUUAUUGUCACAGCAUGGGAAUUAUGCACAGAGAUGUGAAGCCCCAUAAUGUCAUGAUUGAUCAUGAACACAGAAAGCUACGGCUAAUAGACUGGGGUUUGGCUGAGUUUUAUCAUCCUGGCCAAGAAUAUAAUGUCCGAGUUGCUUCCCGAUAUUUUAAAGGUCCUGAGCUACUUGUAGACUAUCAGAUGUAUGAUUAUAGUUUGGAUAUGUGGAGCUUGGGUUGUAUGCUGGCAAGUAUGAUCUUUCGGAAGGAGCCAUUUUUCCACGGACAUGACAAUUAUGAUCAGUUGGUGAGGAUAGCCAAAGUUCUGGGGACAGAAGAUUUAUAUGACUAUAUUGACAAAUACAACAUUGAAUUAGAUCCACGUUUCAAUGAUAUCUUGGGCAGACAUUCUCGUAAGCGAUGGGAACGCUUUGUCCACAGUGAAAACCAGCACCUUGUCAGCCCCGAGGCCUUGGAUUUCCUGGACAAGCUACUGCGAUAUGACCACCAGUCACGGCUCACUGCAAGAGAGGCCAUGGAACAUCCCUAUUUCUACACUGUUGUGAAGGACCAGGCUCGAAUGGGUUCAUCUAGCAUGCCAGGGGGCAGUACACCUGUCAGCAGCGCCAAUAUGAUGUCAGGGAUUUCUUCAGUGCCAACCCCUUCACCCCUUGGACCUCUGGCAGGCUCACCGGUGAUUGCUUCUGCCAACCCCCUUGGGAUGCCUGUUCCAGCUGCCGCUGGCGCUCAGCAGUAAUGGCCCCGUCUGUCUCCUGAUGCCUGAGCAGAGGUGGGGGAGUCCACCCUCUCCUUGAUGCAGCUUGCGCCUGGUGGGGAGGGGUGAAACACUUCAGAAGCACCGUGUCUGAACCGUUGCUUGUGGAUUUAUAGUAGUUCAGUCAUAAAAAAAAAAUUAUAAUAGGCUGAUUUUCUUUUUUCUUUUCUUCUUUUUUUUUUUUUUUAAACUCGAACUUUUCAUAACUCAGGGGAUUCCCUGAAAAAUUACCUGCAGGUGGAAUAUUUCAUGGACAAAUUUUUUUCUCCCCUUCCAAAUUUAGUUCCUCAUCACUAAAGAACAAAGAUAAACCUGCCUCAAUCCUGGCUACUGCGUUUGGGUGGAGAUUUCUUCCCAUUUUCACCAUUGCUCCUCCAGCAUCCCACACUUUGGGGGGUUUGUAUCUCAUGCUCUUCUCCAGAGAUUACAAAAAUGUAGCUUCUCAAGGGAGGCGGGAAAGAAGGAGGCAGAAGAAAGGAAGGGAGGAUCCAAUCUAGUCACUUUACAGAAGUGCUUCAGUGGGGUUAUCGUGGUGACUCUAGUGGAAGCGUGUCUUAGUUACAUUGAGAUGUUGAAAAUCUACCCAAAAUGCAGACAGAUCCUAAAACCUUCUGUUCAGUAUGAAUCAUGUCUUACCAACCUAUCCCUAAAUCUACUCACUUAUGAUUUUAGUUUUAGUUUAGUUUAUAAUGUUACCUUCCUUCCCGGGCUCGUUACCUUGGUCUUUUCCCCUUUCAUCUACCAACAUGCUGUGCUCCAUAGCUGGUAUGAGGGGGAAGGCAAAAUCUUUUUCAGUUGUCUUUGCCUUGGCCACUUUGAAUUCAGUUAGUUACUGAGCAUAACUUAUUGCUUUUUACAAAAGAAAUAAACAUUGUCUAUAUAGAUUUCAUGCUAGCAAAUCUAAGCUAAUGGGAGAUGUGGCCACAUUGAAUUCCAUUUUAAGUUUCUACCUUCUUUUCCUCCUACCUUCCCCUUCCCUCACAUACCAUCCAAUGAGAAGACCUACUCCUCAGUCUUGUAAAUGUAUCUGAGAGGUAGGAGCAGAGUCACUGUCUCCAGUGAAACUGAAAUGGUAGACCUGUAAUUGUGGGAAAAUUAUAUCUCUUGUUACAGCCCUGCCACCCCUUGCUGUGUGUAUAUAUAUAAUACUUUGUCCUUCAUAUGUGAAAGAUCCAGUGUUGGAAUUCUUUGGUGUAAAUAAACGUUUGGUUUUAUUUAUCAA